ACCUAUCAGUGUGGUGUUCAUUUAUCAAUCAAAAUCAUUGCACCGUGGUGCAGCAGCAACGCAGUACCGAGCAUAAACUCCCUUGUUUGCCUGUCAACGUUAGAGUGUGCAUCUACGCUAUUUCGUGUCCGUAAACCUGGGGGUGACUUUAACCGUUCCAGAGUGCCUAAAAGUGGUUGUUUGAGUGCUUGUGAGUGCCGUUCAAAAUGAAGCUGUUUGUGUGCUUGGCGCUGUGUGCCGUCCUGGUGCAGGCCGAUCCGGGUGCGAUCGGGCCGCAGGAUGCACGCAAGGUGCGAAACCCUGCCAGUGGACCGACGAGCUACAAUACCAUCGCCCCACCGGACAGUGAAACGCUCAGCAAGCUGCAGAACCAGGUGGCCCCGACCGUGCAGAUCCCAGCGAGCAAGCUGCCCACGACCGUGGCGAAGGCGCCGGAAGUGGCCUCGCCGUUCCAUACGAUUGCACCGCCAAAUGUCGCCCUACCGUCGCCGUACCUGCGGCAACCGGCGGCACCGGCCAUCUCGCCUGUCUCUGCCCAGGGUCAGUACUAUCUAGCGAUGGUGCCCCAGUCCGCCGGCAAUCACAUGUUGCAGCCUGCUACGACGCCGCUGAUCAUGCAGUACAUCAAUCCACAGGGCCAGCCGACCGGAGGCCUGCAGUACAUUCAGCUGCUCCGCCCAGUGGUCUACCCGUACGGAGUGAACCAGCAGUACCAGCAGUAUCAGCAGUAUCAGGGCUAUCUGCAGCAGUCGCCAGCAACGCUCACCAACUCCCCACACGGCCCAGUUCCGUCACCAUCCUACAACGUAUCUCCGACACCUCCACCGACCACGUCCACUACACAGGCCGGAUUCGUACCGUUUCAGCCGGUCGCUCCGCAGUAUGCACCGGUCAGCCAUCCCCAGCCCCAGCCUCCGACCGCCUACGCAAGUGGUCCAGUAGGGCAGUACUCUAGCCCAGUGCUGUCGUACUAUCCGCACCGGUUUCUUAUCAACCCGUCCGAGAUGAACUUUAACACGAACGAGUAUGUGCCAUCGCCGGGUGACAGUGUGUACCUGAAGGGCGUGAAGAGCAUUCGUGCCUAAAGGUGCGCUGAAACUACAUCUUGCAGCCAGUACUGCAUAUCACUACCAAAUCCCCGCCCGAAAUGCCCACCCAAAUGACAAUCAACCAACCAGCAGGGAUCGGUUUCCAUUGGCCAGAGUUUCUGAAUAGCAGAUUGCGUCAAACCAGUCCCCCCACAUCCCUAUUGGGAAGAUUGUGUAGUAUUAACGGUCCUUAUCCUAUUAAUGCAACAGUGCAUUCUGUUUUGUUAACUAAUUUAUAUCGAUUUUACCCUCUGUGCAACAAGUGCCCGUCCCGAGACCGAGACCGUUCCAGUUGUUCCAGAAACGAAUAAAACGUCAAAAGUA